AUGGCUGAACGAAAUCACUUUGGAUUCAUCGACAUCUUGAGGAUACUCGGGGGCAUUCUCCUCUUCAACGCCUGCUUCUCGUGGUGGUUCACAUCAACAACCACUUGGGGAUACAAUGGCAAAUGGACCAGUGUCAACUAUUUGAAACAUAGACUCACAAACAACUUUGUCAACUUGACAACAGAACAACUCGCGUUAUACAACGGAACAGACCCAAGCCUCCCCAUAUACAUCGGCAUAAAUGGCCGCGUCUACGAUGUCAGCAUAUCACGAAGCAUUUACGGUCCCAGGGGGACAUACAACAAGUUGGCCGGCAAGGAUGCUGCGCGAGUUUACGUCACGGGUUGUUUCAUGAACCCAGGAGAGUACACCUAUGACUUACGAGAAUUGGAUCAAGAAGAAGUGGAACGAGAUUUGGCCGAUUGGCAGUACUUUUUCGAUAAUCACGAAAAGUAUUGGUAUGUCGGGGAAGUCCAGCACAAACCACCCACCGGUGAUCCACCCAAGCCAUGCGAACACAUGAAGUUCCCAGGGCUAGUCCAUCAUAAUAGAUAG